GGUUUAUCUGAAAAAAAAAGACAAAGAAAAAAAGUUUGACAUGGCAGGUUAGAAAAACUGCACAACAGCGCAAAGACGUCUCACAUUUAAUGGUUCUCUUUCUGUGCCCUACUUUUCAGUUUCAAGACUCAUUGCCUGUGCGCAUGCGCGUGCCUUGUGAAGCGCUCGCUCAGGUUCAGCAGCAGCAGCAGCAGCAGUGUGCGAAGCCACCCGUAGCAGCACUAAGGUCCGCACUGGGUCAGGGAGGCAUCGACUUUUAACCACACUUGUUCAUGCUGUUAUGCUUUGAGUGUGUUUAUAGUGGCUUCUCUACAGCUUCUAUCUUUUCCCUCCACGGACAUUGUAGUUGCAAAGAAGAGGGAACGGAGCAGGACGAGUCAUCUGCCAUGGCUUCAUCAUAAACCUGUUGAUGUUGCACUUUCUUUUGCUAUCAUUGUGGAUAUUGAACCCCUUCCUGUCUCUCCCUGUGUCUCCUCCAGAGUGUGAAGAUGCCAUAUUCUGUCGACUCCUUCCCAACAGAAACACUCAUCUCUGAAACUUUCUCUCUGGACUUCUACUCCAGCAGUGAACACACCACAGAGCUGUACUCGGCAGAAAGCUUCAUCCCCAGCAUCGACAACAUCAGCAGGUCGAGUGGCCUCCGCUGCACCUAUAAAGAAGACUUCAAACGUAUUUUACUCCCUGUCGUGUAUAGCUUUGUGUUUCUGCUUGGCCUUCCUCUAAACGCAGCUGUUAUACUGAAUAUAUGGAGGACUCGACCACAUCUGACCAAAAACAACAUCUACAUGCUCAACUUAGCCAUAGCCGACUUUCUGUACGUGUUGUCCCUUCCCCUGCUCAUCUACAACUACGGCAGCCAUGACUACUGGCCCUUUGGGGAGUUUUCCUGUAAACUGGUCCGGUUUCAGUUCUACAGUAAUCUACAUGGCAGCAUCCUUUUCCUCACCUGCAUCAGCGUGCACCGCUACGUGGGAAUUUGCCAUCCUCUCGCCAUGUGGCUGAAACAAGGUGGAUCCAGGCUGGCAUGGUGUAUCUGUGGAGGGGUUUGGCUUGUGGUCGCCAUCCUGUGCGCCCCAACUUUUCACUUUGCAGCAAUAGGAAUCCAGAGAAACCGCACUGUGUGUUAUGACUUAAGCACACCAAAUAAAUCACUAGACUACUAUCCUUACGGCAUGGCUCUGACCUGCCUCGGCUUCUUGUUGCCUUUUAUGGUCGUGUUGGUGUGCUACUGUCGUAUGGCCCACAUCCUUUGCCGCCCGGUUUCCUACCAGGGUGUCACCUUGGCAACUGGGGAGAAACGAGACAAAGCGGUGAGGAUGAUCAUUUUGGUGACUACAGUUUUCUGCAUAAGCUUCCUGCCGUUUCAUCUCACAAAGACCAUGUACCUGGUGAUACGAACUCUGUCUGGUGCCCCGUGUGAGACAAGAAACCUGUUCUCCAUCAUCUAUAAGAGCACCAGGCCGUUCGCCAGCAUGAACAGCUUGCUGGACCCCAUCCUUUUUUACUUCACUCAGCCCCGCUACCGCAGGAGCACCAAGAGGUUUAUGGUCAGAAUCACCACCCUGAAGGAGAAGGGCACCAGUGUGUGAGGCAACAGAACCUCAUAUUCUGCCAAAGUAUUUCUUAAAGACUUGAUGAUGUACAAGCAGUGGACCUUAUGAUGCGGCAUAAUAGUACAUGCAAUGGUUGCAGAGUUUUGCAACAGGUUUCCUGUGCAUGUUCUAAGGUAACCUGCAGUCCUUUGUGCGUUUAAUAACUACUGUUCACUGUGACAAAGAACUGUAUCUCCCUGAGAGGGUCUCCAUAAGGGUUUUAGGCACUGACAUGUCAAGAAGCCUCCUGAAAGGAAACACGAUGAUUGUAAUGUUGUUAUGUGGAAGAUAAAAGUGAUAAAAGUCAGAAAACAAGGAGGUGUGUUAUUGUAAAUUGGCAUUAAUAAGCUAUGGACGUUUCUCUUUGGCAUUCAGACAUUUUAUUCACUAUUAUUUAAUCACUUUUAUGGCAUAGCACUACUGUUCCUGCCCAUUCUACACUGUAAAUGAUGACUAUAGCAGCAGAAUACCAGGGCAUUCAUAUCCUGCAGAUUCUCUGUUAUCUGUGAAAUUUUACUAUCAGUCUGAACUGUGACCGGUGUAGUUUAUGUAUUUUAUAUAAUGUUAAACACUGUGAACUACAGUAUAAACUAAACUAAACCUAACAAAAUAUAGAACCAAGAAUGAAAGGUGAAUUUUGUUUUGUGUUACGUGGAGGUGGUGAUAAAAUUGUAAAGAGAAGGAAAGCUCAUUAAAAUGCACUGCGGCACAGAGCCUUGUAUAAUGCCAAAAGACAUUUAAAAUGUCUAUGACUGCAUGUUUGACGUGCAUGAAGCACUUCUGUGUGGAAAUGAAAACAUUAAAUGGUGUCAAAGAAUGUCUGUAAAAGUUGUUCAAGUGAUGAAUGUAUAUAAUACUGUUCUUCUGUUUUUCCCUCUUAAUGUAACGCAUUGUUCCAAUGUAAAAAAGUUUUAAGGCUGGUUGUUGCAUGUUUUGACCACUAGGUGAUGAAUGCUCCACACUGCUACUCCUCUGCACUGGCACUCUGGUUCUGUUCUGUUCUUGCUUUUGAAUUGUUUGUGAACGUGUGAUCCAACAAUGAUUACAUCUUACCUACUACAAUCAGAGAUACACUGAUGCCAACAAACUUUAAUUAUUCAGCUCAUAUCAAACUAAAAGAGGCCAUCUCACCAUGGCUUUCUCCACAUGUCCUUCAAACAAAAGAAAUCCUUUAAAACCUUGUCGAAACAGCAAUUUAUGCAUGUUUAAAAAUCCACAUCAGGUACCUUAGAUGCUUAAAUUAAAAUUUUAAACAAACUAGGGCUCGGUCUAAUUAAGACUGAACUUUCUGUUAUAAGAGAUGAAAAAAAAAGUGAACAUCUAAAAAAGGGAGCUCUCAUAGAGGAGAUUUACAUUAUAUGUUCGUUAUUUACUAUUUAGAACCGUUUUGAAACUGGAUAUACAUGCUAAGUCUCUUCAGUGUGUAACUUAAAGGGAAUAAUACUUUCAAAGUUACUUUUUGUAUUUUUAACAGAAUCAAAUGAGGUAACUGAG